GGUGAAGUGGUGAACGUCGUCGGUCUGUUUAAAUCGCUGCAGGACUAUAAUCUAUCAUUCUGACUUCACUAUGGCGCCGCUGUCCAUCCAGUCCGGAGUGAAUUACGCGAAAACGCUGCUGCCAGAGACUCUAAUGAGGUCUGUGUCGACGGUCCAGACCACCAUCUCCCGCCGCAUCCUGCCCUCUUCUCAGCCUCGCUGUUACAGAGUCUGCACCCACAGCCGGAGGCGGCGCAGAAAUCUGCUGGCGUCCUCUCUUGAUGAGCUGCUGGAGCAGGCAGAGACGGUGUUCAUGAUGUCCCGUUACAACUUCCUGACCCUGGUCCUGGAGGAGGACGGGGCUGUGGUGGACUCUGAGGAGUUCUUCCAGUCACUGCCCAGCAACAUACCGCUGAUGGUGCUCGACAAAGGAGAGAUGUGGACUGAGAACAAGAUCCUCCCGAGUUUCCGCGAGCCAAAGAAGAGCGGAAUCGCCAAACUGACCUUUGACCUGUACAAGGUGCACCCCAAGGACUUCCUGUGCUGCCUCGCCAUCAGAGCCACUCUGUAUGAGGUCUACACGCUGUCCUAUGACUUGAAAUGCACCAGGGUCAAACACGUCAUCAAAUCGGUGCUUCGCUGCGUCACCUGUCUGACCAGACUGACCGGACAGCUGCUGCUCUGCACGUCCUCGUCGCUGCUGCAGUUCACCGGAGGAGACGAGUGUUAGCGGUUCGAUGCUGAGGCGGGACUGACUGAUCGGUUCACGUUGGAGACGCCGCGUAGAGCUGAAACAGAUGAUCAGAUCUCAGAUGAUGAGCAUGUUUAACGUCUCCUGUCACUGAAUCUCCUUGUUUUAUGUUUGUGUGUGUAGAUGUAAAGGAGGGAAUUCAUCAUUUCACAGGGUUUUUCUGGAUGUUUUUAAGUUUUAUUUGAACUGUUGGAAAGUCAGUGGCUGUCAAUUUGAUUAGUGUGUGAUUGUAAAUCAAAUUUAUGAAUAAAGGUUAGUUUUUUA